AUGGACUCGCGUAGAAAGUCGACGACGUAUCUAAACAACAAGGAAAAUAAGGAGAAUAGGAAGCUGCGUUCCAAGAGUCUGGGUGGUAGCGGUGGUAACCACGGAGAUGGCAGCGGAGAUGACCACCAAGAAUCAGAUUCAGACGCUGAACUUACACCCACGAAAUUAGCAAGGAGGAAGGCUAAACCACGCCGCUCAAUUCUCAAACCACAGCCACCACCAGAUUCAGACGAGGAGGAGGAACUCCCGCAGAAUCCUGUCAAGCACGCAGCACCUAGGAAAUCUGAAGCGAGUCGCAGAGUCUCAUUCGCAAGCCAUUGCUUCAUACGUUUGUUUGAAGAUGAAGAGGGCAAUAAACAGGCCUCUUCUAGCCCACGCAGGUCUCCAUCCCCUAAAAAAUCCCAACAUCAUCCACAGGAUCAUCACCCACAAGAAAACCAAGAUUCAGACACCUCUGACAUGUCCAUAGCUACUCAAGACGUCACUCACGCGUUUAAGAAAGCUUUUGAGAGAAAAAGACCGCUUGAUGGCUCUGAUACUGAGUCUGAUGAUGGUCCAACACAAGACGCGAACGACGCAGAGGACAAUACUAUGCAAAUGGAUCUUACUGAGGCUGUUGGUCACGUGUUUAGUAAGAGUGAUGACAACAAGUCGCCAAAAAACUCACCCAAGAAGUCACCCAAGAAGUCACCCAAGAAGUCACCCAAGUCUCCGAAAUCACCCCAAAAUUUACCAAAAAAGGUUAUAUCCCAUUCGCCUACGCGUAAAUCACCCAGAUUAUCAUCACAGAGCAAUAAAUCAUCUCCAAUUCCACUCACAGCAGCAGAACCUGUUGCAUUACCACCCCAACCACCCAUGCAACUCCCACAAUUCACUCUCUCACCCACAGCAUCCGAGAAGAACGACAACGACGGCAACACCAAUGUGGACAACAACGAGGAUAACGAGAAGAACUCCUCCUCCUCCUCCAGUGAAGAUGAAGCAGACACCACUAUGGACUUCACCGUGUCCAUGUCCCAAGCCGGUGUGCCCAAAUUACCUCACUUCGAAACAGGCAGACGAAGAUCGAGCCUAGAUCGACGCAGCAGCGUCAUUAAGCAGAACUCGGGCUCGCCAGAGGGUAGUAGGAGUGUCAGCGGACGUGUUGAUAACAGCAGUAGCAGUAGCAGUGAUGAUGAAGAGGCUGACCAGCACAUGCUAAUGCAACCCCCACCUCCAGAACCUGCACCAAUGCAGCACCACUUAGGUAACGGCAGUGAUAGCGAUAAUGAUAGCGAUAGCAAUACCAGUAAGAGUAACAGCAACGACGACAUGGAUCUCACCAAAGCUGCUAUAACCCACAUUGAUCGCAAUGACUCCACCGCACAUAAGAUAGCCGACGGGUCUAUGACGAUGGAAAUGACCCAGGCUGUUGGAGGUAUGUUGGGUGGAGAGAGGAGAGAGGAAGAUGACCAUGAGGAAAACGGAGAAAAAGCUAAUAACCACCAUCACGACAAUAACUCAGUUGCUGAUAUGUCACUAGCUAGUAAUACUACCCAUAACAACGAAUCUAUGGCCAUGGAGAUGACCGGCGCCGUCGGUGGCUUGAUGGAGGCCGAGAAGAGUGUCAAUGAGACAAAGAACCAUAUCAACGAGAGCGACAGUGGUAUUAGUGAGGAUGAUCAAGAAAACGAGUCAAUGGCCAUGGAGAUGACUGGCGCCGUCGGUGGUUUGAUGGAAGCCGAGAAGGGGGCAACGAACGAUAGCAGUGACGAGGCAGCGGAAGAGCACGAUCAAGAGUCAGCAAAUGACGGAAAAUCAACUGCCGACAUGUCCUUAAUUAGCAACCCUGCGCAGAAUGAGUCGAUGACAAUGGAGAUGACUCAGGCUGUCGGUGGACCUAUGAACGUCCCCACCAUUCCAGAAGAGAGUGACUCGAGUGACUCAAGUGACUCUGACGACAACGCAGACGCGACGAUGACUAUGGAAAUAACCAAGCCAAUCGGUAAGGGUAUCCUAGUUAACGACGAGACGCGUCGUCUGCGGAAAAGUCUCGGACCGCGUGUCAGUCGUGUCAGUUUCGCACCAUCUGUUAAAGCGUCACCCCUCAAGGCAGGCGCCGGUCCACGACCAUCACUCAAGAGCGCCCUCAAAAGUAGCACAUCAUUCACUCCUGCUCCUGCUCCUGCUCCUUCGCCUAAAAAGGCCUCCAUCUCCAUCUCAUCACCAGAUGCUGAAAGUAAAGGAGGGAAACGCAGCAGCUUCGCAGCGCCCACUCAAUCGAGUCUCAUGAAAAAAGAAACGAAAAGCGUCAGACAUAGUCUCGGAGGUGCCUUGGGUGGCGCUGGGACGAGCUCGCCGCUAAGAAGUGCCCUCAAGAACGCAGCUAAAAGUCCUAACAAGAAGAGAGCGUCUUUUGCUGGUGAGGUGAGACAGGAUGAUGGCGAAGAAGAGAAGAAAGAGCAAGACAAUGAUCUGGAGUGGGAACGAAAUUAUGAGCAUAAACAGCAACAGGAACACCAAAUUAACACGGAAAAGCUCAUGUCCCCACUCGUACAGCGUCUUCAGCUCGCCUCGCCACUUCGUCCUUCCCCACUUAAACUCGAUGUUGCAGCUGAGAAAGGUGGCGAGAAAGAAAAACUCACACACAAACCAAGACGAAGAUCUUCACUAGCACUCUCCACACAAGCGCUCGAAGCUACACCUGACACACUCGCAACUGAAAAGGAGCAGGAGGAGCAGAGUAAGAAUGACAGGGAGAGGGAGUACGAGCGCGAAGCUGAAGAGGAGCGCGUGAAGGAGGAGCAAAGGAGGAGAGAAGCUGAGCAAGGACGCAAUACUACAACCGAAAGUGAUGCGAUGGACAUGGAUAAGACGGCGCCAGAACAAGAGCAAAGCGGCACACCAACUCGCAGACGCUCGCUACAUGCACAGCAAAUGACACCAUCUAAACUGCGCAGAUCGAUCAGUGCCUCAAACCCAGGCUCGCCGAUGAGCACUCCUAAACGUCAAUCACUAAGGCUAGCGUCGAGUGUGACGACGCCACAGAAGGAGGCCUUUGCGAAUACACAUGAGCCCUCACCACAACCGGAAGCUGCACCCUCACCACUGCCGGCUCCACCAAUCCGCAACGAAUUUGCAGCAGGCCCCGAAACAGAGCGGAUGAUAGAAGGUUUAAUGCAAGAGGAAGAACAGGAGGACAAUGGCGAAAGCAGCGUCGAAGCACCGGUGCAAAUCAGUCUCAACGAUUUCCUCGAACUCACCGACAUGAAAUUCCUCGAUGGGAUUUCAACCAUCAAGCGUCGCUCCACAGUGGGUCCGGGUGGUCUAAGUGGGGAAAAUGCACCGAUGCACGAGCCAUCCUCGCUCGAAUAUCUGCGCGCACAUGCGGUCACCGGCCCCAAAUUGGAGAUGAUGUAUUGGUGCUGCCACGAGCUGAAGCGCUACAUCAGCGAGGGGAUAGAGGCACUCAACAGCUACGAACGUGAAGUAGAUAACGAGAAUCCGCCAGUGAUAGUUGAUUAUCUGCUAGCUAGUGAGGAUAUGCGCGUGCGUAUUGAAGCGCAGCUCAAGAUCGUGAAAAAUAACUCGCGCCUGAACGCUAAGCGAGUGUGGUACGGCUGGAGGAAGGAGCUAGUGAGCGGUCAUGCGGAGUCUCUCAACGAGUCCUUCAAUGGUCUCGAGAAGGAUGCCAGGGUACUACAGGAGACUAGAGGCGCACUUGGUGAGAAUCUCCCGCAGCUACACGCCCUCAAGGACAAACUGGAGACGGAGCUGCGCAGAGAAAGAGACAUUGUGCGCGAUAUCGCCAGCUGCGACAAGGAGGAAGUCGAGGGUCUGCGCGAGGCUAUAGCGGAGCAGGCGCAGCCACUGGAGCUGUACAAAGCCGAAAUAGCAUCCAACAACGAGGAGCUUGCGCGUCUCAGAGCACGCCUCGAGGCGAAGCAAGAGACUCUGGCUCAAAACACACACACCAUUGACAGUAAUCGAAAAGAGUGGGAUAUGGUGCGCUGCCUUACGAAAGCGGAAGCCAUGAAGCGGAAACGCGAAUAUGAAUCGCUGCAGAUUCUGCACAGCUGGCAAAUUGUGCACCUGUCGCAAUCGACGCAUAAGUUCAACUACGCGAAUGAGUUGGCGCUGAGCAUCUCACAGCAGGGGGUGGAAAUGGACUUGCUUCCCCCAAAGAAAGGCGAGCUGCGCCCUCUGCUGGAAUACCUCCUCGACUGUCUCCGUGGUCAGUUGACAGAGGAGGGCAUAUCACAGGACACUCAGCUCAGCUAUACCUUGCAGCGCAUAUCGACCAUAUGGAUGAACGUGAAGAAUGUGCACGCUCAGUUCAAGCGUCUCGCCCAGGUAUACAAACUCAGCUUUAAUGUGUCGAUAGAAGGAGAUCUCGUCGUCACAUUGGCUAUCGUAUUCAGAUCACAAAUGCGCAAAUUGAACUUUGAGAUCGUUGUGGGCAGUGAUAUGCUCGUCGAUUUCGAUCGCGCACUCAAGAAGGCUAAAGUUAAGACAGAGGUAGUGGAUGGUGAUGGCGUUGAUACCGAAAGUAUCACACACGAACUUCUCAAACAGUUUGGAGGCAAUGAUGGGAUCCUCGAGGCAUUCGAAGCGAUCACUAUCUAG